GAGUUGAUUAUCGAGUAAUGGUGGUGUUAUGACCUCAAGGACCUGGAACAAAAUCAGUGCGCUAAUUCGUAGUUUGUUUAGGCUUUGUUAAAAAAAAAACUUCAACUAAAUGAAGUAUUAAAACAAAGUUGUUUAAAUUACAUAGCCAUUUGACAUGUUUUGCAGGGUACAAGGGUGAUUAUCAGUGUAUGUUUUUCCCUCAUGGAGUUUACUUGUAGAUUAAGCUGUAGUUAGGGAAGUCAGUGACUGUUUUGUUUGCAGUUCUGAUAUUAAAAAAAGGCCACCAUGUUGUACAUAUUCCAUGUCGAUGCUGGUCAAAUGACCACAUAUGACAUGAACCUUACACUGCAAAGUGUGGCAUGUUUGAAAGCUGCAAUAGAAAGGAAAACAAAGAUACCAUCUAACUCAUUAGUUCUGCUCGUCAGUGGAGGGGAAGUUUUGCAGUCAGAUCAUAUGGUAUCCUCAUACAGUGCAGGAACUGACUCCAAUCCUAUUUAUAUGUUUAGUAAGCCUUCGAUAAGAGAGAGCCAUCUUAAACAGUCCAUAUGCAGUGACUUGAGCCCAAUUCCUGAGCUAGAGCCAGAGUUCAGGAACGAUGCACGUACUACUUACGAUGGGAAGUCGCUUGCUGAACUCAAAGCGGCUGUCGAAAAAUGUUGCUCUAUGCCACCCACCGUCCAGACAGUCUUAAACUGCACUAACCUAGCACAACAAUUCAGUGAACUUGCACAUGAAGUGUCUAGGAGUUGUGAGCAGUUGGUCCAUGAGCAGCAUUUACAACACCAGGGAUGGGCGGCAGUAGUCGCAAAUUUAGAUGACAUAUAUAUUGAAUUUUGCGAACGUUCAAGAAAUUUUAAGGAAUCAUUCAGAAAACAUCGAUUAAAAAAGGAAGAGUAUCACGAGAAAUUGAAUGCGCUCAACGAAGUAUUAGAAGCACUAGGCAAGAUACCGAUUCUUCCCGCGUUGCAAUUGAACGCGGAGGCGCACCGGUUUUCGGCGUUCGACGUUUUCGAGGAGACUGACUUCGAAGGUCACCACUAUGGAGUUAGUCAGCGGCUGGACAGUUCCGAAAAUAAGACUGGCCAGGAUUUCGGUGUGGAAGCUCUUAAGUUAUCUGAGGAAGAUGUUUUCGAACAAAAAGACGCGGUUCAUUCGUCAGAGUCAGAUCAACAAAUAGAAGAAUCAGACGAAGGAGUCACUUUUCGAGCCCAUUCAUAUGAAAGCAAAGAGGAGCCAACGCUACUACACUGGAUACUGGCACAAGGAAAUAAAGCUUCCUUGCAGGACAUCCUUGAUUACUGUCAGAAAGGACUAGCUUUGAUCGACGUUGAACCUCUGAAGGAACACGAAGACCAGUUAUGUCACAACCUCAAGUACGCCAACGAUCACGGGCUGAAGCAGAUAACCGGUAUCGAGGCGCGGCUAUUUGGACUGGACCAGUUACUCAGCGAGGUGAAGAAGUUAGAGCGUGAUCAGCGAGAUCAGGCUGCAUCACUCAUACAGUAUCGGGACCGUUUGAAUUCAGCGUGCGAUCCGUCGGUGCUGCCGACGUUGGUGCAGUCGCACUUGUGUCAGCUGGAGAAGCUGCUGAGAGGUCACCAGGUGUUGGUGGACAGACGUAGGCGCAUUUCCAACUCGAAGGAUGAACUGUGUCAAGUGCUCAAGGCGAGAUUAGAGUUUGUGCUGAAAUUGGAGAACUCUAUGUCUGUGCAAGACGCUCACGCGAUGCUCUCGUUCCAAUGUUUCAAUCGUCUGGAGCGCUACUUCGGUAUCGUCGCGCAGUUGCAUCGCGCGCCCGCCGUUUUCGUGCGCGCCGUGCACGAAGUUGUAAGACGUAGAACAUUCUCGCAGGCCCACAUCAUGUGGGCCACAGAUCUAGCGGCGAAGCUACUUAAAAUCCAUGACGAAGAAGUCGGUCGACGGCAAGAAUUCAACACGCUAUUCGAGGGCCACUUCCUGAGAAGUUUGUUCCCGGGCAUGACAGAGUUGCCACCAUCUUUUGCGACUCAAGCGCCACCCGUAUUUGAUGCGAGACUACCGAAACUCACAGAAGUAGACGUGGAGUUUAUAAGUAAUGCGUUUCCGCAGUUAGCGAGUGAUGUGCCUAGCUAUGAUAUGGAAUCAAUCGUGAAAUUCUUUAGGCAAAGGUUAAAUGCGUCCGAACACUCUGAAAGAGAGGUGUACGUUCAAGCGGACUUGGACAAGGAUCCAGAAUCUGAAGGGGAGACGGGUGAAUUCGAGCAACUCGGCCGGCAGACGUCCGAAACGCAUAAAACGGACACGUCCACGACGUGCGCGCCGGACACAGCGUGCGUGUCCGUUGUUACCGAGGUGCGAACGUUACCGGUGAUAAUGGAGUCGUCGGGCAGUCCGCACGAGUUCGUUGACUCUGAGUUCUACAUCGAGGAGUCGUUACCAUCGAGUCUGGAAUGGGGCCGGCAAGAAAGACAGGUGCACGUGCACGACAACAUGGACACACAUAAAAUUAAUAUGGAAAAACUACAAGACUUCUUAGUGAAAUUGUGCACUCUGUGCCGCGCCAAUGUUAUAUUUAUUAGAGAAGAAUUGGCGAACUUAAAAGAUGAUAUAGAGUCGCACAAGAAUUUUAUAAAUAGUCUGUAUUUGGAAGUGGUCGACGCUUGUGAGAAGAGUUGCACUGAAAUUGCUCUGCGGCACAGAGAACAAACACAAAGACUGACAGUUGAUCACGAGUUAGAAUUAAGCGAUAUGAAAGCGAUGCUCACGCAAAAAGAUGACGUCAUCGAAGCAUUGACGAAAGAGAAGGACAAUAUGAAGUUAGGACAACAGAAAGAGAUAGAUAAGCUGAACAGCGAACACCAAAGCACUAAGGAGUUACUUGAAAAGUCUCGGGCGGAGAUAGAUAGUUUUGCAAAGAAAUUAGAAGAAAUGGAAUCACAAAAACAUAAAGAUAUAAAAGAUAUGCAAGAAAAAUUACAUAUGGAUUAUAAAGCUGAAAUUGAGUCACUACGAUCCAGGUUCCGUCUAGUGGCAUUAACGAACAUGGAUCGUUCGCCGUCCGAAUCUAGUCUCGAGAAAAUUGAGCGAACAGAUGUGAUAGAGAUAACCAGUCAUAACGCGAUAGUGAUGCAGACUAAAGAGAAUGCCGAGAUGGAGAAAGAGGAAGCGGUAAAGGAGGCCGUUUUAAAGCUGGAGGCCGAGUGGAAACAGAGGCUUGAGGUCGAAGUGAGCCAGCUCAAGGCCAAACUUGAUCCUGAGAAGGCGGCAAUAAAUGAAACGACUCGCCGUCUCAUUGCCGAAAAAGAUCGUCAGUUGGAAUUGAUGCGAGAACGGGAGCAAGUGCUGGUUCGAGAAUGUACCAAAUACAGGGACACUAUACAGCAAUUGACAGACCCUGAGACUAAUGACUAUGAUUCACUGCUCAAGGCGCAGUUUGCUACGCUAGAAAACGAGAAAGCGGUGUUGCAACAACAAGUUCAAGAUCUGAAAAAAGAAUUGGAGAAGAAAGCGGAAGAUAACGAAAAAGCUAAAGACGACGAUAGCGAUGGCAGGUCAUCACCUAAAGGCGAAGGUCGCAAGGUGAGGUCUCGUUGUCACACGCCGCUCGGUCUAGCCGCGGGCACGCUCAGUCUGUCCUCGUGUAUACCAGGGCAUACUGUACUGGUUAUGUGGGAUCCAGCACAUCUCAAUUAUACUGUCAUGCAGGAAGCUUCGAUAAUGUAUUUCGUUCAUAGUGACUGUUUACCAGCCCUCGAUCUUAGCAUACAAGUAAAGAACGAAAGUGAAAGAAAACUAUACGCGAUAGCUACCGUGGAAUCGAAGGAAUAUUGUUAUGCUAAGAAGAGUGGUAACCGGUACGGUAUGCCGCGCGGUUCCCGUUUUUACCGCGUGCGCGUGCGACCGUUGCGACCGCAUCCACCACAUCCGACGUGUUGCGAUUACAAACACAAACAAGAUAUGCAAAAAUCGGUGGACACGAGUCAGUCUACUACCGAUGAAUCGAGUAGAGUGGGCGAAGUGGUGACCGGCACUCUUAUAAACUUGGACUCGCCCGUUUCGACGAGCGAACCCGCGUCAAGCGCUAGUGCGCCUGCACAGGGCGAAGACCAACUCGACUCGAUAGAGGCGAGUGAGCAAUGGCAGAACUCUAGGAUGCAAAUGUCUGCAAGCGUCGUAACGGAUAUGGAAUGUAGCGUGGGUCGCAUAGGGGUUACGCCCCUUGAAUUGACAGUCAGCUCUGUGUCGGUGGUGGCUCGUGGGCCAGCACCCCCCGGCUCUGAGCUCGCUCAAGAAGCAGCGCCCUGACAUACAAAGCGAUUACACGAUGGCUAGUUGUGAGCAAACCCUCAUCAAUAAAAAAAAACUUAACCGUUCAAUGUUGCGGUCUUUUAAUAAACACA